AUGAAAAUAUUCUCCAGAAUGCGUUUAGCGUAUAAAGUUGGUUUAGCAUUAGCAACAAUUGUUGUCGUAGUAGUUGUUAUUACUGUUCCAGUAGUUUUAAAGACUCAAUCUACAACAACAACUGUUACAGCAAUGACAUCUGUGAUUACACAACGAACAUCAGCUUUAACUACAAAUAGUCAAACAUUCUGUCGUCAAACACCAUGUAUUAUGUAUUCCCAUUAUGCUCAGACAUUUGAGAUCAAUAUAACUACCAGUGGAACAUACUAUUUUCAUACGAAUGGUACUAUAGAUACAUAUGGUUGUCGUUAUGUUGAUACCAUCAAUGCAAGUGAUCCAUAUACGAAUAGAUUACUAUGUGAUGAUAAUGGUUAUGACAAUGGUCAGUUUAUGCUAGUUGUAUUAUUAGAGUCCACGUCAAAAAACUUCAUAGUAGUAUCAACCAAGACAAUUGGUGUUACAGGUUCAUUUACCAUUAUUGGAACUGGUCCAAGUUCAAUUGAUUUCAUUCCAAAAGAUAUAUCAAGUACUACAACAAUUACUUUAUCAAAAUAUGAAUCAAUUUUGACUAAUAAUAGUCAACAAUUUUGUCGUACUUUACCAUGUGAUGAUUAUAUUUAUUAUGCUCAAGCAUUUGAAAUUAAUGUUACUACAAAUGGGACUUAUUAUAUUCGAUUUAUUAGUGGAAUCAAUAUGUAUGGAUAUAUUUACAAUGAAUCCGUUGAUUCGACAUAUUUAUAUCAAAAUUUAUUAAGAUCAAGUGAUUUUGAUAUGGUAACUAAGCAGUAUAUGGUCGCAAUAACAUUAGAACCAACGAAAAAGUAUAUCUUGGUAGCAACAACUGACUCACCCAAAGCAAUAGGAUCGUUCUCUAUUGUUGGAAGUGGUCUAGGAUCACUUAAUUUUGCUCCAGUGAAUAUAUCAGGAACAUCAUGGUUACGAUCAGAAUAUGCAUCAGCUUUGACUACUAAUAGUCAACAAUUUUGUGUUCAUUCACCUUGUGAUGAAUAUAUUUAUUAUGCUCAAGCAUUUGAAAUUAAUAUCACAACGAAUGGAACUUAUUAUUUUCGAUCUAGAUCUGAUGGUAAUAUGAAUAUAGUAGCAUAUAUUUACAAUGAAAGUGUUGAUGCUACAUAUCCAUAUAGAAACUAUAUAACAUUUAGUCUUUUGAAUGUCGGUACUAGUCAGUACAUGAUGAUAAUAACAUUGCAACAGAUGACAAAGUAUGUUUUGGUGGUAACGACCAGUUCACCUACAUUAACAGGACCAUUCACUCUUAUUGGUAGUGGUCCCUAUUUUGGUAGUUUUACUCCGGUGAAUAUGACAGAAACUCCAUGGUUACGAUCAGAAUAUUCAUCAUUAUUAACAAAUAAUAGUCAACAGUUCUGUCGUUCUUCACCUUGUGACGAAUAUAUUUUCUAUGCUCAAGCAUUUGAAAUCAAUGUCACGACAACUGGAAUGUAUUAUAUCCGAUCUAAUGGUACUAUGCCGACAUAUGGUUAUAUUUACAAUGAAAGUGUCGAUACUACAUAUACGAAUCGAAGUUUAUUAGAAUGGAAUGGUUACAAUUACCAAAAUGAUCAGUUCAUGAUCAUAGUACUAUUGGAACAAAUGACAAAAUAUAUUCUGGUAGUAACGAGUUACGCACCCCAAGUCAUAGGAUCAUUCACUAUUAUUGGAAGUGGUCCAAAUUUUCAUGGUUUUACUCCUGUAAAUAUGACAGAAUCAUUAAAGUUUUGCACAUAUAGUAAUAUGAAUAUGAAAUGGAAUCAAAAUGCAACUACUAUCAUAGGAGGAUAUGGAUUAGGUAAUCAAUCAAAUCAAUUAGCAUAUCCUGUUGGUAUUUUUGUUAUCGAUGAUGACGAUGAACAAUCAAUAUAUAUUGCUGAUUCGAAUAAUCAUCGUAUUAUGAAAUGGAUAUUUAAUACAACUGAAGGACAAGUUAUUGCUGGUGGAAAUCAACAAGGAAAUAGAACAGAUCAAUUAAAUACACCAACAGAUAUGCUUAUUGAUAAAAUCAAUGAUUCAAUAAUUAUUUGUGAUCAAGGUAAUAGAAGAAUAGUACAAUGGUCUCUUCGAAAUGACACAAUUCCAAAAAUAAUGAUUUCGAAUAUUGAUUGUUGGUCUUUAGCUAUGGAUACUAAUCGAAAUUUGUAUAUUUCUGAUUAUAAGAAAAAUGUUAUAAAACGAUAUAAUGUAAAUGAUUUAAAUGAAACUCUAGUUAUCGCUUAUCAACUUGAUGAACCUACAUUUAUGUUUAUUGGUAAAAAUAAUUCCGUUUAUGUAACAGAUGGAGGACAUCAUCGAAUAAUACGAUGGAUGGAAAAUGAAAAUGAAGGAAUAGUUGUAGCUGGCGCUUUUGGUAACGGAACUAGUAAUACACGAUUAAGUUAUCCACAAGGAAUAUUCGUUGAUUCUUUAAAUAAUAUUUAUAUAGUUGAUGGAAAUAAUAAUAGAAUAAUGCAAUGGCAUCAAGGAUGUCAAAAUGGCCAAUUGGUUAUUGAUGGAAAUCAAUUUAAUAAUCCAAAAGAUUUAACAUUUGAUCGACAAAAUAAUAUUUAUAUUGUUGAUACAAAUAAUCAUCGUAUACAAAAAUUUCAUAUUCAACAUGAUUAUUAA